AUGACAACCUCGUUGAUGAAGCGUUUUGUCACGCCUCGGAUCGUCCGUGUGGCGUUGACGGUAUUGGCCAUAGUCAACAUCCUCUACCUCUCAGCGUACCUCCUCGGUGUUUCCAGAAGUGGCACGCGAAGAACGAAAAUCAUGUGGUACGGUCGUAAAAUGGCGGGCAAUGCUGUAUCAGAUACCUCCGGGCAGGUCGAGGCGUACGAGAACAUGAAACCGAGUGAAAAGAUCAAUGAAAUUCUCAACAGAAUCACCAACGAUAAGGAAAAGUACUGGUUGGGCCACACUGAGUUAACAGACUACGAAUUACGGAUAAGAGUCAAGGACUUCUUGAAACAGAACUGGGAGAACAAGCCUACGAUUUUCUACGAUCCCAGAUUCACACUUUCAGUCUAUUUGAACGAGAUCAAAAACCAAUAUUUGGUGAAAAACCCCAAAAAUGAAAAGAGCAAGAUCCACGAGAUCGUAGUCCCUUUUGCCUGGUCUGACUGGGUGGAUUUGACAAUGCUUAACGAGGAGUUGGUGAAGCCCGAGAACGAGAGGAAAACCUGUGAUUACAUGAAAGCUGUUCAUCACGCUCCAGCCAGAGACCCCAACUACUGUUUAAACAACGAAGACCUCACUCAGGACGAAUUGGACGAGAUGCAAUUGCCAUCUUCUUUCUAUGCUCCUGGCUUUUCUAUCAAGAAGUCGCCCACAAACAAGGCUUCCAACGAGGUCAGAAUGUGGGAAGGAAAAUCUCAUUUGUUGACGUAUGCUGCUAAUCCGCUAGCAGUCAUUUUCCUCAGUAAGGAAGGAGUUUACGAAGCUAAGAUUGAUGGAAAGCAGCGUAUUGUAGAUGGUGACCUUUUUGAACAUUAUUUACAGGCCAAUGGCUAUGAUUCAGCUAAACAUGGAGAAGUUCAAUUUGUCAUGAACCCUGUGAAAGAGUUCAAGUCGCUCUUGGCCAAGGUCAAGCCUAAUCCCAUGCUUCCAGAAGACGACUUAUAUGGAAUGGUUGCUAAAAUCAAAGACAAGAAUCCCACCAAGUCCAAGGAAUUGUACCUUCCACAACAAGCGUUCGACUAUCAGCAGCCCAAUAUCGACGAGCAGCUCAAGAGUUACGACAAAAAAUUGAAGAUCUUAUGGGAUGCCAGCACGAACGAGUUGAAACAUGACCAGGACUCAAUCAAGAACAAUCUUCUUUCCAGAAACGAAAAGAUGUACUUCGAGGGAUUGAGAUACGCCGAUUCGUUUUCUCCCAGAAAGGAAGAAACUUACUUCAGAAUGGCUAGACUCAAUUUUGGUAAUGAAGAGAACGACCACGAUGCUGGUUGGCAUUAUGAAUGGCGUUUCUUCAAUGGAGCCCUCAGAUACAUGAAACAAGGCUGGAACGAGGAAGAAUUGUUGAUUCGUGAAAAGGUUCUCUUGGAUCGUAUCUUGCGUAACUGGUUCAGAUUCGCCAAUGAAAAGGGAAUCAUUUCCUGGAUCGCUCACGGACCCCUUUUGUCAUGGUACUGGGAUGGUCUUUUGUUUCCAUUCGAUGAAGAUAUCGAUAUCCAGAUGCCAGCGCAAGAGUUGACUCGUUUUGCCAAGUUGUAUAACCAGACAUUAAUUGUUGAAGACAUCACCGAAGGUUUUGGUAAAUACUUUAUCGACUGUUCUUCGUUUUUACACCACCGCGGGAAGUCGUGGAAAGAGAACCAUAUUGAUGCUCGUUUCAUCGACAUCGAUACCGGUUCUUAUAUCGACAUCACUGGCCUUGGUAUCUCUGAAGAACAGGCCCCAGACAAGUACAAGGAUUUGAUUGAAGAAAGCAACAGCCGUGGUGCACCUAGACCAGUGUAUAACUGCAGAAACUUGCACUUCUACUCUCACGAGGAGUUGUCCCCUCUCAGAUUCACCAUGAUGGGAGGUGUGCCUUUGUACGUGCCCAACAAGAUCGAAGAGAUUUUGAACGACGAAUACCUGAAGGGUAUGUCGGUAUACUACUACGAAGAUUUCUACUUUGUGGACGCAGUGAAUUUAUGGAUCCACGAGUCCAAAUUGGACUUUUUGUUCGUCGGACAAGAAUACAAAGACAGCUUCGGAGACACUGACCCAGAGAAGUUUUCAGAAUUGGUUAAGACUAUCAGUGAAGAGCAAGUUGUUCUUUUGCUAGAAAGAGACGAAGACAUUCUUAUGGAAUACUACUUGACUAAGGACAUGACGGAGUUGCACCGUAAGGAGCUUACCUACUUGUUUGACAUGCCCAAGGGAGAGAAUACGUUGAUUGGCGAAAUCGGCCAUCAAAAGACACAGCAGGAGAUUUCUAGCAAUCCCGAAUACCACAAGUUCACUUCGGAGCUCAAGUUCCAGAAGCCGUUCAGACGGUCUAUCUUCAACUACGAGAAGAUCGACAAACCCAAGCACCAUGUAGCAUAG